AGCCGGUUGUGCGUGAAGAAUGUGCCGAAACAUUUGAAGGAUGACAGACUGCGCGAACACUUCGCGGCGAUGGGGGAGGUGACGGACGUGAAGAUCGUGCGCACGGCGGACGGGACGUCGAGACAGAUGGCGUUCGUUGGGUACAAGACGGAGGCGAUGGCGACGAAGGCAUUGAAGUACUUUGAUAAGACGUUCAUCGAUACGUCGCGGGUGGAGGUGCAGUACGCGCGGAGCGUGCACAGCGCGCAGAUACCGCGACCGUGGUCGAAGUAUAGCGCGGGAAGCUCGGCGAAUAAGGAAAAAGAGACGAUAAAGAGUGGGCACGGGGGAAAGGGCGAGGCGGAGGCGGAUGGUGAGGGUGAAAGAUGGAUCGGCGCGCGAGAGGCGAAAAAGUUGGCCAAGCAAAAAGCUCGCGAGCUGCACGAUCCGAGGUACAAGGCGGAGCAGCUCAUGAAGGUUGAUCCAAAAUUUCGCGAGUUCAUGGAGCUCAUGGUUCCCGCGAAACAAAAGUUUUGGAGCGAUGGGUUCUUCGAGGAUCAAGACAAGUUGGAGGGUUAUAGGAAGGAUUCCGAAAAAGCGCUUCGCGAAGACGGAGACGCCGGGAGCAGCGACGACGAGUAUCAAGACUUGGACGAGUCAGAAGACGAAGAACAGGAGGAAGAAUCGGACAAAUCAGGGUCGGAGUCAGACUCGGAGUCUGAGUCUGAAAGCGACAAGGUGGCGAAUGACGAUAAAGUGUCGGACAUGGAUUACUUCAAAUCGAAACAAUCGACGUGGAAAGACGACGAGGACGAUAGCGAGGACUCCGAUUCUGAUGACUCCGAAUCUUCUUCCGACGACGAGCAAAGCCAAAGCCCUGAUGCGUCUGAUGAUGAAGAGAAGAGUUCUGAUUCAGACGCCUCCGAUGAUCCAGACACACUAGAGAAGGAAGAGACAGACGCCGCGGAACCAGAAUCGAAAGACGUCAACGCGGCCGACAUGGAGGCGUUGUCCGAAACCGGUCGAAUUUUCGUGCGCAAUUUGCCUUAUACUGCGACGGAAGAAGAAGUGGCGGAGUUGUUCGAACAGUUUGGCAAGCUCACCGCGGUUCACAUUCUCGUCGAUCGCAGUACAAAGCGUAGCAAAGGUUUGGCGUACGUGACUUUUGUCAUACCCGAGGAUGGCGUCAAGGCGAUGGAAGCGGUGGACGGCUCAAUCUUUCAAGGUCGUUUGAUCCACUUACUUCCCGCCAAACGCGCGCCACAGCUUGAUUCUACGAUGGGUGGCGUUGGACGCACAGGUGAAGGCGAAGACGACAAGAAGGAUUCCUUCAAGACGGAACGCGACGCCGAGCGCAAAGCCGACGCGGGCAACACAAAGGCGUGGAACUCUUUAUUCAUGCGUCAAGAUACCGUGGCCGCGGCGAUCGCGGCACACUACGGCGUCACGAAAGCCGAACUCCUCGACUCUGGUGCGGAUGAUCUCGCAGUGCGCAUGGCGCUCGGCGAAGCGCACGUCAUCGCGACGACGAAGCAACAACUCGGCGAAGCUGGCAUUGACGCGGAAUCGCUCGAGCAGUCUGCGGCUUCGAGUGGGGCGAAAAGUGCGAGCCGAGUCAAGCGCAGUAAUUGCGUGUUAUUGUUGAAAAACUUACCCUACGAAGCCGAGGAGGAUGAGCUUAGAGAACUCUGCGAAAAGUUUGGCGGCGUGGCGAGAUUCAUCUUACCCGAUACGCACACCAUCGCCGUCGUGGAGUUCCUUGAAGCCUCCGAAGCGCGCCGCGCGUUCACGGGUUUGGCGUACAAACGCUAUCGACAUGUACCACUUUAUUUAGAAUGGGCGCCCGAGAAUAUUUUUGCCUCGACUUCAAAGGUCGACAUCAAGGGCGCCAAGGCGCUAGCCGUCGCCGACGCGUCGAGCGAUUUAGCCAAGGAGGCGCGAGACAAGACAAAGGCGAAAGUGGACGCGGCGAAUGAUCUCGCCGGUAAAACCGUCAGCGACGACGCGGUGUCGAUAUUCGUCAAAGGUCUGGAUUUCGGUACCACCGACAAAAAAUUGCGUUCGCAUUUCGCCGCGGCGGCGCAACGCGUCUCUGGCCAAAUCAUCGCCGCUCGCGUCGUCACCCAUCGCGGGCCCGGAGGCAAGAUGCUCAGUCGAGGCUUUGGCUUUGUAGAGUUUGACACUCCCAUGGUCGCAAAGUCGGUUUUGACCGCUCUUCAAGGAUCGUCGCUCGACGGUAAGACGCUCAAGCUGGAGUUGAGCUCGCAAGGAGGCGGCGAACGCGAUGACGACAAGGCUGGGAAAGUUCCGAAGGGCUUUAGCGCGACGAAAAUUGUCGUCAGAAACGUCGCAUUUGAAGCGACGAAGCGCGACAUUCAGAAGCUGUUCAACCCGUUCGGACAACUCAAGCAAGUCCGAUUGCCGAAAAAGUUCGACGGCGCGCACCGAGGUUUCGCAUUCGUCGAGUUCAACACGCGACGAGAGACGCAAGCCGCCAUGGAUGCGCUCCGAGGCACGCACUUGUACGGCAGACACAUCAUCAUAGAACGCGCCGCGGAAGAGGAAGACGGAGAGGAAGACAUAGAGGCGAUUCGAAAGAAAACGACGUCGAGAUUCGAAGCGAACGAGAACGCGUCCAAGCGC